UUCCUUAAGAAAUACAAAGACAAACGACAGGACUCUAAUAUUUUGUUUGGUGGUGUUUUAUUUUAAAGUUAUCUUUAGAUUUAACAUGUUUAGCAUGCAAAUUUUGGUAGGAGCACACACGGAGACAGAACUUGAAGAUAGGAAACUCAGAAUUGAAGAUGCAAAGAAUGCUACAUUUGCUGCCAUGGAUGAAGGGAUAGUACCUGGUGGUGGUGCAACAUAUGUACAUCUCUCGAAGCAGAUCUCCUCAAUAAAAAAUUCCAUGAAAGAUGUAAAUGAGAAGAUUGGUGCUGAUAUUGUUGCAAAGGCACUUCUUGCACCUGCAAAAACAAUUGCAACUAAUGCAGGGGUUGAUGGAGCAGUUGUGGUGGAGAAUAUUCGAUCUUGUGACUGGAGAACUGGUUACAAUGCAAUGACUGGUAGAUAUGAAGAUCUUCCCAAUGCAGGGGUGGUAGAUCCUUGUAGAGUUUCUAGGUGUGCACUUCAAAGUGCUGUCUCAAUUGCUGGGAUAGUUCUAACAACUCAAGCUGUGCUGGUUGAAAAAAUAAAGAAGCCCAAGCGCGCUGUCCCUUAUGUUCCUGGAAUUACACCUUGAGAAAAAUGGAAAAGAGCUGUUAAAAUUGUAGAAAGAAGCUGAAGAAAUUUUAUUGCUCUGAUGGCUCAUAUCAACAGUUUUGAGUUGGCUGGUCAGAAUGAAACUUGAAGGUGAAGCAAGUCUCUUCAACAAGCCUUUACAAGUUCUGGGAUCACCAGGUGGAUCAUGCUUGAGACCACAAAAGCAUCAAAUGCCAUAAUGAAAGACUUUGCAUUUGUCUGGCAAUGCUUGGCUCUCCCUGCUGAUACAUCGACGACUAUUCCCCUAAAUUUUGUGUUUGGUCUCUGUUAUAUUUGAUUUUCUGGCUGGUUUCCUGUCAAGAAACUCACUACUAUUCCAGUAACUCAGCAAGUAGCCAUAUAGGAAGAGUAAUCCCCAUAUCCAGAUGCCCUCUUUAAAAUCUUCAACUGAAGUUAGUCACUGACACAAUUUAAGCAGAAAAUCACCUUUAUUUAUCAAUUAUAUUUUCCCUUGACUGCUAUAUGAUUCAUCUGUCAAUUUUAUUUGAACGAGGUUUUGGUCUAUUGCCAUCAAAUUUAAUUGAUUUUUGUUUGCUA